AUGAGCCGUCCUUCGAUCCAGCGGCUCGCCCAGCUCCGUGGGGCAUCGGUUCGGCGCGCUUCAACGCGGCUUGUCUGCCCCAGAUACCAGACCAUCUCGGCGGCUAGCCCGACACCUCGGCAGGAGACCCGAUACCCAACCCUGGCGACUUUCACGGGUCUGCAGUCGCGGAGGCUGUUCAGCAGUACGGCACGGAGACUCAAUGAGGCUGAAGAUGAGGAGGAUACGGGGAGCUACAGUGAAGCCGACCACGAGCAUGCUGUCAUCUCGACGUUUGACCUGUUCUCUAUCGGGAUUGGUCCGUCUUCGUCUCAUACCGUUGGGCCCAUGCGCGCCGGCAACAUUUUUGUUGCCGAUUUGGCGGAGGCGAAUCUGCUUCACAAAGUCAACAAGAUCCGGGUUUCCAUCUAUGGCAGUUUAGCAUUGACGGGCGAGGGCCACAUGACGCCUUCUGCUCUCCUCCUUGGUCUUGAGAGCGCCGAUGUGGAGACCGUCGACACCGCGUAUGUGCCGGAGAGAUUCACCGAAAUCAAGAACUCGAAGAAGCUGUUCCUAGGCCAGGGACUGCCAGAUGGCAAGGGGAAGGAGGUUGCAUUCGAUUAUGAACGCGACUUCGUCUGGGAAUGGGGCCGGAAGUUGCCGAUGCACAGCAAUGGCAUGCGCUUCACCGUCUUUGACGAGGAUGGUUACGUGUUGGCAACCAACGACAUGUUCAGUGUCGGUGGCGGUUUUGUCGUCAACGGUGCUCUGUCCAUCAACCCGGAUGCGACGCCGUCUUCAUCGUCCUCGGUGACCCAAUUGGAAUCUCCGGACGGAUCCGCGGAGAGCCCUCGCUACCCCUUUCGAGAUGCCACGAGUCUGCUGGCUUUAUGCCGCAAGCAUAACCUAACCAUUGCUCAACUCGUGUACGAGAACGAAAAGAGCCACGGCUACACGGAUGAGGAGAUCUAUCACAAGCUCUUCAAGAUCUGGCAAGUCAUGGACACGAGUAUCUUAGAGAGCGUACAGGCGCCACUGGACACGAAACUCCCUGGGUCGCUCAAGCUUCAUCGACGUGCCCCGGCUCUGUACCGGAGGUUGACUCGAGGGCUGUACUCCACAGCCGGACACACGUCUCCGAACCCUCUCGACAAUGGAACCAGUGACAAGGCUUCUCUGCCGGGCGCAACCUCUGGAUCAGGAGCGACUUCUGGAGCACUAAGCAAGUCUAAGGGUCAGGGCCUCAGCAUCGGCCGCCGCCAACCGCCUCGGAUCCUCGGCUCCCUUGACCAUCCCAUCACACCCUCCCCCUCGCGACGCACCACGUUCCCUACAAUGGAUUACCUGACAGUCUACGCCAUCGCGGUCAACGAGACAAACGCGGCCGGCGGGCGCAUCGUAACAGCCCCUACCAACGGCGCGGCAGGCAUCAUUCCCGCCGUGCUGAAGUACACCAUCGAGUUCAUCAGCGACGACCCGGAACGUGAUAUUCCAACCUUCUUGCUCACGGCUGCCGCCAUCGGCAUGUUGUACAAGCGUGGCGCAACCAUCUCCGCUGCCGAGGGCGGUUGCAUGGCCGAGGUGGGCGUUGCCUGCUCCAUGGCCGCUGGUGCCUUUGCGGCAUGUAUGGGUGCCAGUCCUGAGGCUAUCGAGCAGGCUGCCGAAAUCGGCAUCGAGCACAACCUUGGCUUGACCUGUGACCCGAUCGGAGGUCUCGUUCAGGCUCCCUGCAUCGAGAGGAAUGCGUUGGGUGCUAUCAAGGCGAUUUCGAGUGCCAAUCUGGCUCUGAGCAGUGAGACGGGCACGCAGAAGGUUAGGCUAGACGACGCUAUCCGGGCCAUGCGUCUGACGGCGAAGGGAAUGAGGAACGAGUUCAAGGAAACGAGUUUGAGCGGACUGGCGACCAGCGUGCCUUUCAAUAUUCCCGUCAGUGUUCCUGACUGCUGA